AGUGCCGGAGGGGCCGUGACUAACUAACCACUAUUGCCCCGCCAGAGCAGUGGUUUUUGUUCUGCUUUUGUCUUGAACCAGGGAAGUCGAAUUGGAUAAAUUGUAUUCCUUUCGUCUUCACUGUUCUCAAAAUGUCAAGUUCCGAAAUCGUGCUGGCCAACCGCGCCAACGGAGCUGCUCUGCUCCCUGUUCUGCUCGUCGCAACCUCGGUCAAUGAGGCGCGCCCCAGCCCUUUGAUCGCCGUCACCUACGAGGACACUGCCGUGUUGCCUGAUGGCGACAAGGCUGUUGUCAAGUUCAAUGGCCCCAGUGGAAGCCCAGUGUAUGGUACGGAGAAUGCAAUUAAGGAGUUGCGUGCCACCUAUCCGUUCCUGAAGGGCAAGGAUGAGAAGCUGGAGGAUACUUGGCUCUCUGAGGUAGAGAACCUGGUUACUCUCGACUUCAAGGCGCUCGAGCCUCACCUGCAGCGCCUGGACAAGCAUCUGAUCCUGCGCUCCUUCAUUGUCGGCUAUUCCUUGUCUGCGCCCGAUGUCGCUAUCUGGGGUGCUCUUCGUGGCAACCGCGUGGGUGUGGCUGCGGUGAAGAAGGGAUCCUUCAUCAACCUCUCUCGUUGGUUCCGCUUCAUCGAGGAACUCUGCCCAUGGACCUCUGCUGCUUACGAAGCCCUGAACGCUUCAGCCAGGGAGAGGAAGGCUGCCAAGUCCAAGGAGGGAGCAAGCUAUGAUAUCUCGCUCAAGAACACGGAGAAGGGAGUUGUGACAAGAUUCCCUCCCGAGCCUUCCGGUUACCUGCACAUCGGUCACGCGAAGGCCGCUCUCCUCAACGACUACUUCGCGCACGAGAAGUACAAUGGCACCCUUCUGGUCCGUUUUGACGAUACGAAUCCUAGCAACGAGAAACAGCUUUUCCAGGACGUCAUAUUGGAGGACGUCGCUCUCAUGGGCAUCAAGCCCGACAAGGUAACCUUUAGUAGUGACUACUUCGACGAGAUGUACCAGUACUGCAUCCAGAUUAUCAAGGAUGGUAACGCCUAUGCCGAUGAUACCGACAAGGAGACGAUGGCGCACCAGAGAAUGGAGGGUCUUCCCAGCAAGAACCGUGAUGCCUCCGUGGAGGAGAACCUUGCCCGCUUUGAGGAGAUGAAGAAGGGCACCGAGGAGGGCCUCAGGUGGUGUAUUCGAGCUAAGAUCUCCGUGGAUAACCCCAACAAGGCUAUGCGUGAUCCUGUCAUCUAUCGCUGCAACCUAACGCCUCACCACCGCACGGGAACGAAGUGGAAGAUCUACCCCACUUAUGACUUCUGUUGUCCUAUUGUCGACUCUAUCGAAGGUGUUACUCAUGCUCUCAGGACUAUUGAGUACCGUGACCGUAAUCCCCAGUACCAAUGGAUGCUCGAUACUCUCAAGCUUCGCAAUGUCCAGGUUUGGGACUUUGCGCGCAUGAACUUCAUCCGAACCGUUCUAUCCAAGAGAAAGCUCACCAAGCUGGUCGAUCAGGGUAUCGUUUGGGGAUGGGAUGCGCCUAACAUGCCAACAAUCCGCGGUAUCCGACGACGUGGUAUGACCGUGCCGGCCCUGAGAGAGUUCAUCCUCAAGCAGGGUCCGAGCAAGAAUAUUGUUAACUUUGAGUGGGGUCUGCUCUGGGCUACGAACAAGAAGCACAUCGAUCCCAUUGCUCCCCGUCACACUGCUAUCCUGAACAAGGACAUCGUCAAGGCUACAGUGAGGGGUGCCCCUGCACCUUACACGGAGAACAAGCCGAAGCAUGGCAAGAAUCCUGCUGUCGGAAUGAAGAAGGUUGUCUACAGCCCUUCAAUUGUUCUUGAACAGGAGGACGCCAGGAGCUUCAAGCAAGACGAAGAGAUCACUCUGAUGAACUGGGGUAACGCUAUUGUCCGCGAGAUAAAGAAGUCGGGUGACACGGUCACUGAGCUUGUGCUUGAUCUACACCUCGAGGGAGAUGUGAAGAAGACAGAGAAGAAGGUUACUUGGCUCGCUACUGAGGGUCAGGAUCUGGUCCCUGCGGAGCUUCUCUACUUCGACCAUAUUCUCACCAAGGAUUCCCUGCAAGAAGAGGACGAUAUGAUGGAUUUCAUCAGCAAGAACCUCGAGACUAAAGAGGAUGCCGUCACAGACUGCAACGUCGCCGAGCUCAAGGAAGGCGACAUCAUCCAGUUCGAGCGCAAGGGCUACUACAGGCUUGACAAGCCUUACAGUCCUGGCAAGCCUGCUGUCUUCAUCAACGUUCCAUCUGGCAAGGGCGGAAGGUAAAGGCAUAUUUCCCACUGUUCUGCGCCAUUACAUCACAUUUUUACGGUUGCAUGAAUGAGGUCUAGAGUGGACUGAAAAAUCAACAUCAAUUAUAUUCUGUUGUGCAUUAGAAAUAGACAAAGAAAAAAGGAGACAGUGCACUCGAUACAUGACAAACACCCGGCGCAAAAGUGUUUAUCACUACACAACGCCCAACGAUUAGAGAGCAUAGGUAUCCAUUCCCUUCGCCAGUAAACAUUGAAUAGACUCCGUCUGCAGCAUUAAACCAUGCAGGGUAAGUCGUGGAAGAUAACACGCCAUCAUAGGCCGAAUAUAUCACUAUCUGCAUAUCGAACCCCGCAUUUGGUGCCAACCAAAAGCCUAGGUAACGUGAGAUGGCGG